AAUGUAAGUAUUGUGACAGGCCUUUGAACCAAAGUAGUGUGCAAAAGUACCACACUUUGGGCAAGUACCACAGACCAUGUGAGUAAGGCUAACUCUGUACCAUCAAGAGGGCAUGAUUUAAACAUUCUCCCCUGUUUUGCCUGUUUUUGCCCCAGGUUUUGUCCAGUGUGGAGCACUUCCUUGGACACUGGAAUUUCUCUUGGAUCUUCUCUUGUCUGGACAUCUGACUGGCUUGUAAAUCACUGCUGGCACACACCUCUGUACACCUUUGACUCCAAAGGUUCUGGUUUAUAUUCAAGACUGUAAAUCAGCUUGCUAGCAUCUGAACUUCUUUUUGUUAUUGUCUCACAUUAAAAGAGUCCUUUUCCAUGAGGCCUCACGGAUCAUAUUUGAGUUGCCAUGUUUCUUCCUGUAGUCUUCUUCCUAUAGGAAGAAUUUCUCUUAAAAGGUCAAGACAGAGGCCUCUGAUCUUCAUUAAUACUGGUCCAAAACAUGGCCCUUAUCUGUGCUUUGCUCAGGUUCAGGCUUCUCAGAGCUAUUCCACCUCCAGCAGGGACACAUUUAAAGCAGAAGCUCCCAUCGGAGUUUACCAGAACAGCGAGGCUGCUUUUCAAAUGCGGCUAUUGGAGACGAGACUUGGGGAUUCCUUCAAACAUCUGUCUAGACGUGUUAAUGUAUACUUUAAGCAGAAGGAGAAGACUGGGUCUGGUGGUUCUGGUCAGGCUAGCUUUGCAUCUGCAGUACUGGAGCCUGCCACUAGAGUGCAGAGGCAAGAAAUUAAAGAUAGAUCUUAUAUGGUGAAAGAUACUACUGAGGGAGCCUUCACAAUCAAGCCUGAGGAAGCAUCACUGUUCUCCAAAUAUUCUGGUUUACAGCUGUUCCAUAUCAGCUCACUGGCAACCAGGUUUGGCGAGUCCUACAACUACGUAGCCAAUCAUAUAAACUCUGUAUUUUCCAAGAAUCCAAUAAAACAAACCUAUGCGAAACUGCAAACACCUGCAGAUAUGGUUCGAAGAUGCAGAACGAGAGAGAGAAGAGUUACAAACCAACAAAAUAUAAUUUCAGAAACUGGCUCAGACACUUAUAAUUCAAGCCCAGCAGCAAGAGAUGGACACAAUACAGAUCUUUCCUGUUCUUGGGAAGAGGGGUAUCUCCACUUCGCUCGUCGUAUCAACCAAUACUUUGGGGCGAAAACAGCAGAAACCUUAGAAAAAUACAAGAAUAAUCAAAGCACAUAUUCUUCAAAACAUAAGCAGCCUACCCUAGAAAGCCCAGAGAACCCAAUGCCCCUCAGACCUAAAUCCCUAUUCCACAUAAGCAACCUCACUACGCACUUCGGAGAAAGCUACGCCUAUAUGGGCACCCACAUCAACCAUUACUUCAAAGGCUCUGCAGCCGCAGAAGAGGAAAUAGAGAGAGAUCCUUACAGAGGACAGUCUGAAUACACAGUCACUCCAGCGAGAGAAGCUGGGUUCUUUUUCCAGAGCUUUUUCAACCCCUCAGCCAUCCCCAGCAUUGUGGGCAGCUACCUAGGAAAGGUCUCUAGUGGUUCUACUGCUCCAGAGGCCAGGCUGGAUAGAGUGGCAUUGGGCAGGAGGUUGGCAGAAGAGAGGACUCAAGUUCUACUCAACAGAUUAAAGAAAGCAAAAACACGCUCAUCCCUCAGCCUCUGUGUCGAGGAACUAAAUGCUCACCUCAUUCAGCACCCAGCAUGCAAAGAUGCUGUAUGGCAGGAAAGAAUAGUACUGCAGAUACUGAAGCAUCGACAGCUUUUCUGGAUGGAUAAGAAACUCCAAGGAGCCAUUAGAGAAACUCUGGCGCUGAUUGGUUAUGUGGAUCCGCUCAAAGGUCGGGGAAUACGAGUGCUGUCCAUCGACGGAGGUGGAACCAGAGGUGUGGUUCCACUGCAAGUGCUGAAGCAGCUGGAGGCUCAGACAGGAAAGCGCAUCUAUGAGCUCUUCGAUUACAUCUGUGGGGUCAGCACAGGAGCAGUUUUGGCGUUUACUCUGGCUUUGGCUCGAUUCUCCUUAGAAGAGUGUGAAGAAAUGUACAGGCGUUUUGGGUCAGAUGUUUUCAGACAGAACCCACUAGUUGGCACGAUGAAAAUGGGCUGGACUCACUCGUACUACAACACAGAGACCUGGGAGACAAUCCUAAAGGAGAAGAUGGGUGACCAUCUCCUUAUUAAAACAGCCAGAGAUGAGCUCAGCCCUAAGGUGUCUGCAAUCAGUGCAGUGGUGAACUGGGGGACCAGUCCCAAACCCUUCAUCUUCAGGAACUAUAAUCACUGUCCGAGCCGCCUUAGCCGUUACGCAGGGGGGUCCAGUUACCAGCUUUGGCAGGCAGUACGAGCUUCUUCCGCUGCUCCGGGAUACUUUCAGGAGUUCCCUCUGCACAAUGACAUACAUCAGGAUGGAGGCCUCAUUCUGAAUAACCCCUGCGCCCUCGCUGUUCACGAGAGCCGCCUGCUUUGGCCAAACCAGCCCUUCCAGUGUGUGCUGUCUCUGGGAACAGGUCGAUAUGAUAAUGCCAGAAGGGGUCCUGCCACGUCCACAAGCUUGAGGGCCAAAAUCAGCAACCUGAUUAGCAGUGCCACCGACACAGAGGGUGUUCACACUCUUCUAGCUGACCUUCUGGAGCCAAACGUGUAUUUUCGCUUUAACCCGAUGCUGAGUGCCGGGGUUUCUCUGGAUGAGAGCAGACCUAGUGCUCUGCAGCAGCUUCAGGAGGACACGCAGCACUACCUGGAGCAUAACCACCUCAGACUGGAGCAGCUGUGCAAAGUGCUGGGCGAGGAACGCACAGCUCUGGGGAAAACCUGGGACUGGAUCAGUGUGAAAGGCUGGGAACUGCAGCAACGUUUGGGAUAACUGAUAUUAUCAAAGUUCUUUAAAUUCCGGGGAAUAAAAAAAAAUACAGCAGUCAUUUAACAACGGCCAUGUAUGGCUGCUAAUCAAAUCCGAAUGUAAAAAGUGACAAAAAGAUAAUAUUAUGUUUCUCAUGGUGUGUUAAGUAUGGUUGUAAAUCAUUGCAAACUCAUGCAUCUGUGAUUGUAUUUAUUACUUGAUUCAUUAUGUAUUUAUAUGUAUUUAUUAAUUAAUUACUGUACUUGAUUAUGGGAUUUAUCAUAGUGGUUAUAUUUUUGUAAUAAACAACAACUGAAGA